CCGCACUUCCGCGGGGUGGAGUCUGCCCAGUGCUGACGUUGGCAGCCGAACCCGAAGUAGAUCGAGGCGAAGGGCUGCACGGUCCGCUUGUUGGCGUUGCAUUUCCAUCCUCUUUCACUCCACGCUCCCAGCGGCGGCGGCGGUGUGAGGAGUAUCGCGGCGGCCUGGUCUCCUCCUGCGCGCCCGCCUCACUCGGCCGGUCAGGCCGGCGUCCUCAGUCAGUCGGCGGCCCGCGCCCUGCUAGCGUUCAGCCCCCGCGCUCGCCGCGCCCAGGCCCAGCGGCUGGAGCUAGCGCCCUGCCUGAGAACCUCCUCGCUCCGGCGGCACGGGCACCGGGAGCGGAGCGUCGCAGCGGCCCGAGGAGCAGCGAGCGAGCGAAUCCAAGGGGUGGCUGGGCAGGUGGUAGCGUCGCGAAGAUGGUCGCCAAGCAGCGGAUCCGUAUGGCCAACGAGAAGCACAGCAAGAACAUCACCCAGCGCGGCAACGUCGCCAAAACCUCGAGAAAUGCUCCCGAAGAGAAGGCGUCUGUAGGACCCUGGUUAUUGGCUCUCUUCAUUUUUGUUGUUUGUGGUUCUGCAAUUUUCCAGAUUAUUCAAAGUAUCAGGAUGGGCAUGUGAAGUGACUGACCUUAAGAUGUUUUCAUUCUCCUGUGAAUUUUAACUUGAACUCAUUCCUGAUGUUUGAUACCCUGGUUAAAAACAAUUCAGUAAUGCAUCCUGCCUCUGAAUGACUUUUCAUAUCAUCCUUCAUGUGUCAUUCCAAGGUUUCUUCACGAGUCAUUCCAAGUUUUCUAAUCCAUACCACAGUGCCUUGCAAAAGCACCACAUGAAUAAAGCAAUAAAAUUUGAUUCUUAAGCUACAGUAGUGGACCCUACUUAUUCAGUCAUUUAAGAGUUUUUUCAAUGUGGUUAUUAAAACAGUAUACCGUUAUAGAUAAUUAGAUUAAGUCUGUGUAGGCAGGGUCUAGAUUUUGUUAACCCUAAUGUGUAAAUGCAAUUAGCUUAAUUUAAAAUUCAAAAUCUUACGGUUUUUAUAUAGCUAGGCACUUUAUUACAAUAUCUUGAAUUGAAAGCACACUCCCAUAUAGGGUCAUGUAACUGUCCUGUAAUAAGGUGCUUAUAAAUGGAACAACUACAUGUUAGCCUAGUUUUCCCAGUCUUUAGCACCUAAAAAAAUGUUUAAAGCUUCUAAAUGCUUAGUGUAAAGGGAGACGCUUAUAGCCACAGUGUCUAUUUUAACAAUAUUAUUUCUGUUAUAUUACCUUGGAUUUUGCAUGAGUGAAUAUACUAACCUAAUAUGCCAUAAGAAGACAACUUGUGUGAGCAUUUUGUAACUUAGUCACUUCAGUUUCACUGAAAGCUAUCGUGGUGGAGUAAAUUCAGGGAAGGUUUGUUUAUGUCACCAUUGAUUUCACCAGAAUUACAUUAAUAUAUCAAAGGGGUCUACUAUACUAGACAACAUUUUAGGGAAAAAUACUACUAAAAAUGGAUGCCUCAUCAGGACAUAUUGUUGCAUCCAGUGUGCCAUAAGACAUCUUAGCAUGUUAGCAGCACUUUUAAUACCAAAAAAGGCACAUCGACUUAAAAAGUUAUACUUAGUUUGGAAAUGCUUUUUCUAGAUUUAUGAUUAAAACUCUGUUAGGGUUCUAGAUACAUCAAUCUAAAGUGUCACCUGGAAUUAAAUGGAUUUACUGAUAAGGAUCAGUCUUUAGUCUUCCCUUUGUUAUAUGAUUUUAUAGGUUAUGGUUGAUCAGACUUUCUUUUUACUAAUGGUAAGUGUGAGUGAGAAGGCAGAUUUUGGGUUUUCUGGUACUGUUGAAAAUUGCAAGUAUUGGCUAUUUUGAAAUAUUGAAUCUUAACUUGAUGAAAAAAGCCUGAGAGGUGUCUAUGUAUUAAUGAAUUGGAAAGAAAGCUGCUUGUUUGCUUUGUUAAUUGCCUCAGGAUAUUUCUUUUAAAAUAAGCUGUUUUAAGAGGAACAGAAGGGAAAUCUGCUACCUACUCUAUACACAGUGUGAACCUCAGAGCUUCUGAUACCCCAAAGCAUGGGGGACAGGGAGGGAGAGGAGUGGUUUAGGACACUUAGGAAUCCGACUACUUUAGAAUAGGAAAGAAUCAGCCAACCUCGGCCCCGCAGGUUAUCUUCAGUAUUACCUGCCUUCCUCACCCAGAAAGUCAACCCCUGCACUCGUUUCCUUCUUUGAAACAAGCGUGUGGUUAACUAAUUCUAUUUUAUUGUAACUUUAAAAAUGAAAGUUAUUGUUCAAAAUUCAUAGCAGGUGCCUUAUUCUUUGCUUUGAGUCGAACCAUUCCAUAUUAGUUUCCCUUGGCUCUAAGAUGUUGAGUUAUUUUUAAUGUACAAUGUCUAUUAAUUUGACUGUUAAGUUGCCAUAGCCAACAAUCGUUUUACCUAUGUAAAGUUGCAUUCCCUUUGUAUUUCAUGUGUAAUUUUCCAAUUGAGAGCAUUUUAUAUUAAGGAUGGUGGAUUAUGCAUGUUUGGGUCAAUGAAAACUAUGUCUUAAUUGAUUUAUCCUUUAAAAAUAAAGUUCCCUGAAUAUUUGA